GCUCUCAGAACUCUCAGGGGACGAGGACAGUGGCCGAACCCUCGCAUUUAAGCCACGGGCUGGAAACACGGCCCUUGGUGUGAGGGAAUCAUCCGAAAUGCACUCUUGUGCUGCUCUCUCGUAACUUAUCACUCCUCACUGUCACUUUACACCCAAUCGACACUGCAAGUUGUUACCUAUCAUACCGGCGGAAGGCACCUGAAUCCGGCAAGAUGAGCCAGAACGGCACCCUCACGGCGACAAGCUUCCGCGAUGUUCCACUCGGCGAUGUGAUCCGAAAGCCGGAAUACGUCCAGUCCGUUGCGGCGGCCUACCAGACAACGAUGGGCCUGUCCCGGGAUCUCAGCACCUCAAUCCCUCAGUCUGCUACCGGCGCCAAAACCCGCAUCGAAAAUCUCAUCCACAUCAUUCAGGACCUCCGGUGGCAACUCCAACAGGCCCAGCAGCAGGUCAUUAUUGCCAAUUUGCAGCUUCACGAGGUACUGCGCGGUGGCGCCUUGGCUGAGUCACUCGAGACGUGGCAUGCCGGAGACGAGUACGACACCAAAGCCUUUGGCAUACGUAACGGGAGCAAGAUACUUAAGCUCCUUGACUACAAGUUGGAUGGGGAGUGGCGAUGGGAUUGGGACAAGCAUGCGGAGCUGUUGAAGGCGAUGGAAAUUGAAGACGCUAACCAGGCGACAAAGAAGACCGAUGCGGAGGCUGCAGUUAAAGAAUUAGGUACUGGGAGUCUACUAGACGUCACUAUAACGGAUACGACAAAGGUUGCCGAAAACAAGGGACUACUAGCGACGGCGGUGGUGUUGGCAUAUCUUGAGGCUAAAGAGGCAGAUAGCAAAGCCGAAUGGGAUGUUACGAGCGUCCUGGCGAAGAGUUGGAUGGGGAAGAUAUUGAAAGAUGGCGGAUCUAAUGUGUCGACCGAGGCCUAUGUAAAGGCGGUGAAGGAUAAGCUCUUCCCGUAGCAAGGCCGACGUGGGAAACUAGCUUGGAGUCUUUGUGUGUGUCACUAACAGGAAGCAGAGGGGGAAAUAAUUUCAAUGCUAUAA